GGGUCCCAGUGCCCCCGAGAUUGAGUACUCAACUGUACUCAGUAGACAGUAGAGUGGGAAAAUGGUUAAAUCUACAAUAAAAUAGACAGUUAUUUUUCUUUCAUUUCUACUCCCAGGUACACACUGACCAGCCAUGACUGAAGAUCCCAGAGAAGAAGUCAAUCGAGGAGUACUGCUGUUGGAACCAUUCUAUGGUGGCUCUCAUCGUCAGCUCAUUGAUCUCCUUCAUGAGAGUAUCCCAGAAUGCACUUUGUUUACCUUGCCCGCUUCCAAGUGGCACUGGAGAGCAAGGACAUCGGCUCUAUACUUCUCCACCGAAGUACCUUACGAUCACUCAUUCAGUGUUCUGUUUGCAAGCUCCGUCCUGAACCUCGCAGAGCUGGUUGCCUUGAGACCUGACCUAGCAACGAUCAGGAAAAUCCUGUACUUCCAUGAGAACCAGCUAGUUUAUCCAGUCCAGAAACACAAGGACAGGGACUUCCAGUAUGGUUACAACCAAAUACUUUCAUGCCUUGUUGCAGAUGUUAUUGUCUUCAAUUCAUAUUAUAACCAAGAGAGUUUCCUGACAUCCAUUGAUUCCUUCUUAAAAUUGAUGCCAAAUAGGCCAAGAAAGUUUGCUGAGAGGAUUCGUCCAAAGUGCCAAGUCCUGUACUUUCCCCUUUAUUUCCCUCCCGUCCUGCCUAGCAAGGCACCAGAUCCAGACAUGACUGUUCCUUCUGGCAAAUACUCUGAAACACCCUUCAGCCACGAUGUCGGGAGCAGACAUUCUUCAGAACAUACCCCUGAUCAGAGCAUCGGGUCACCAGAUUGCAAGCCGCCAAGUUCUGCAGCAAAAGUAACAAGUUGUGCAGGUGGUGGGUGUAGCUCUGUACAGCCUGGACUGAUGAUAGACAUAGCACAUUGGGGUCAUCUAGGGGAAGGGGAUUUUAGGAGAAAAGAAUAUGGGAUGACCUUUGAUGAACUGCAGGACAACCAGGUUUCAUCUCAUGUCUCAGUGGACGACCGAGGUAAUCCUGCAAGAAGAGCAAUGAAAUUGCAGGAAUCAAAAGAAACGUUUGCUCAUAGGAUUGUAUUAGAUACUGUAGACCAUGCUUCUUUCCCAAAACAGGAAGAUGGGAAUGAAAUAGAUGAGCGAUCUUUUGAUGACCAAAAGCGUAUUCCUGUCUUAUUUCAGAAUCCUUUGGAAUCUUCAGAAGUGGAACGAUCAUCUCAGGAUUCAAAGGGAAUGAGCUGUGCAUCAAGAAAACCUGUAACAGAUACCAAAGCUCCUGCUAAUGUAUUCAACCAGGAAGAUACCAAUGAAGAUACAACCGCUGAUGUUUUACCAGAUUGCAGUACAUUUACAGAACAACGUGAAAAUAUCUGUCGGGGAAUAGAAAAAACAAAAAUAGGUUCAGUAGGUCCUCAUGGUGGAGGUAGUCGUGACCAUGCCAGCACAGAUGAGAAGCGAGUUGGUGAUUGCAGCUCUGUCAAGAAUGGAAAUGAUAAUGGACGGAGCAUUCGACCACUACAUAUUCUUUGGCCUCAUAGAUGGGAACAUGACAAGAAUCCAGAUCAAUUCUUCUCUGUAUUGUUUCAACUGCGUGAGCAAGACUGUAAUUUUCAUGUCUCUGUGUUGGGUGAAAGCUAUCUGCAAGUUCCAUCAAUCUUUGAGGAAGCAAAGCUUAAAUUGAAAGAUCAUAUUUUUAGCUGGGGGUUUCUACCAAGCAAGGAGGACUAUUACAGGAUACUUUCCGAGGCUGAUGUUGUUGUUUCUACUGCAAAUCAUGAAUUCUUUGGAGUCGCUAUGUUAGAAGCCACUUAUUAUCAGUGUUAUCCGCUCUGCCCAGCCCGCCUGGUCUACCCAGAGAUAUUCCCCGCUGAACACCUUUACAGAACACCAACACAGCUCUUGAAGAAACUAAAGAGAUUUUGCAGAAGCCCAAACCUUGUCAGGUGUCAUCAUUUUCAGGGUGACUUGACAAAAUACAGCUGGAAGAAUCUACAAGGUCACUAUCAUCAGCUAUUGAAUACUGAUGAGCAAGGAUAUAAAGAUGGAAUAUCUUCCUCAAGCAGCUGACAUCUUCUUAUUGAUCGACAAUUGUGAUCUCAAUUCUUCCAGUCAUAUGCUUCAAUACUCUCCGAUGAUGCGCUGCUGCAAGUCAUCCAGAUCUGCAGGUGGGGUGCUGUACACUUAUAACUUUAAGUACCCCUAGAGGAAGACAGGCAGACACUUCCCAGGGCCAUGGUAGCAAUUUCUAUCAAGAAGUGCAUCGAGAGAAAUGGACAACAUGUGGAAGGUCGAAGGUGGGAAGCUUUGUCCAAGUUGUGACCAAAAUGACAAUGAAAGGAACUUUUCUGGGAAGAUGAUUUAUUGAUAUACUGGUUCUCUUGUUUAUUUUUUCUUGAAUACUAAAGAUACACAUAAAUUUUACGCUCAUUGUUUGUGUGAAUGCCUUUCUCUCUCUUUCAGCAGCUAAUCACCUGACUUGGCGCAAAUGGCUUUUGACGCUUUUUCAAACAAUGGCUGUUGUGCACUCAUCCAUAACAACAGCACUAAAACAAAUUUUACCAAGUGACAAUAUUUACUCUAUCUAUACAUGCUAGAAAUUCUCUCUGAACCCAUAUUUUCUUUAAAAAAUAUUUAAUUUAAAAAGAGUAACACUGUUUUGACUCGCACUAUAGAAAAAUGUAAAAAUGUUUGCUUCUGAAACAAGAUCCCAUGAUCUCAACUAAAACUUUCGUGGAACAUUUACCUCAUGACAUACAUGUAAUAGCAAAUGUCCCACACACACCCACACCACUUUGUCUGUCUUUAUAUUUCUCUUAGUCUUAGACACGCUCAAGACACCUACUGAACCUUUCACACGUCCAUUCGUGCACACCCUCCCACACACAGAGACACCCAUGUCAACAAUCUCCCUAUUUAUCCAACCCACUCACACCCUGGCUUUCUCUCACACUCACACUCAGUACGUCUCUAUGAAUGUUACAUACACACAUUAAACCCGAUUUCUAACAUCAACUCUUUCUUUGAGCACACACAUUUCACACACCUACGAGCGGACACACAUACACCCAUGUCAAUAAUCUCUGUAUUAGUUUCUCAAACACACACGCACACCCUUUCUAUCACUCAUGCACACACAGUCUCUAUCAAUGCCCGAUACACCCACUCACUCAAUCUUUCAUACACUUUCUCCGAGCACACACAUUAAACCUCUCAUACACAUGCACAAAAUGCCCUCGUACUGAGACAUCCACAACAACUCCAAAUCUCUUAUGUCAGACACACAGUCUUUUUUUGUUCAAUAACUCAUACUAUCAAACACGGUCAAACACACACACCCAUUCUUUCUAUCUAACCAACACACACCAUCCUUAGUCUUUCUCAGACCUCACAGCCAAUCUUUCGAACACAUUUCUGUCACAUACCACCAACAGUCUCCCUAUCUCUCUCACACAUACCCACCCAUCCAAAUUUAGUCUCCCCCAUUCACACCACUUUGUCUCUCUAUUUCUCUCAGUCUUAGACACAAUCUCUCACACAUAAUCACCCUUGAUUUUACACAUCAACUCGCGGACACCCUCCCACAAACAGACACCCACUCAUGUCAACAAUCUCUGUGUUUCUCCAACCCACACACACCCUCCUUUUUUCUCUUACACUCUCACACAGUCUCUGUUCAUGUCACUCAUGUCAACAAUCUCUGUGUUUCUCCAACCCACACACACCCUCCUUUUUUCUCUUACACUCUCACACAGUCUCUGUUCAUGUCACUCAUGUCAACAAUCUCUGUGUUUCUCCAACC